UGUUUGAGCUCGUGAUUAGACUAGACUAGACCACGGACUAGACAGCGACCACAGUCCUUUUGUUGGCCAUAUUUUCGGCUCUUAUUCUUCAUGAUAGUGGGUUCCAUCGUUCAGGCAAAUUUACGCUUGCUGUCUACGAUGUCUGCCAAGCACUUCAACUUUCUGGUGAUCGGCGGUGGAUCAGGCGGCAUUGCUAGCGCCCGGCGAGCUGCGGAACACGGAGCCAAAGUUGCGCUAAUUGAAAAGGGACGCCUAGGAGGGACUUGCGUUAACGUGGGCUGUGUACCGAAGAAGCUGUCCUUCUACUGUGCAUCUCACGCAGAAGCCCUGAAAGAUCAUCCUGAUUAUGGCUUCGCCGUACAAGCUAUGGCGCCUGUCGAUUGGGCCAUGUUCAAAGCGAAGCGGGACAAAUACGUGCAGCGUCUUAACGGAAUCUACGAAGCGAACUUGAAGAAGAGCAACGUCACACUCAUCGACGGAGAAGCACAUUUUGUCGGGCCUAAAAUUGUCGCCGUCGGAGAUGCAAAGUACACCGCCGACCACAUUCUCAUUGCCACUGGUGGUCACCCUGUCAUACCAGAAACCCCCGGAGCAGCGUAUGGCAUCACGAGCGAUGGUUUCUUCGAGUUAAAUACACUACCAAAGAAAGUAGUCAUGGUCGGAUCCGGCUACAUAGCGUUAGAGCUCGCCGGCAUCUUCCAUGCCUUGGGAUCAGACGUUACACUUGUUACUCGCACGGACAAGAUCCUGCGAGCAUUUGAUUCCAUGCUAGGAUCCGCCUUGCUGGAGCAUUUAAGCAGCCAUGGAAUGACUUUCGUGCAGAACACUACAGUCUCCAGCGUCGAAGAGACUCCAAAUGGUCUGACUGUCAAAAUGGCUUCUGGGGUCACUCUAGUCGAGGUAGACUGCUUGGUGUGGGCGAUUGGUCGAAGGCCCACCACCAACUUGGGCCUCGACAAAACAAAUGUGGAACUGGACUCUGCGAGUAACAUCAAGGUCGACGAGUUCCAGAACACAACCUGCGAAGGUGUCUACGCGCUCGGCGACGUCUGCGGAAAAUAUUUGCUGACUCCCGUGGCCAUCGCUGCUGGCAGACGCCUGGCUGAGCGGCUCUUCAACAACAAGCCCAACCUGAAGCUAGAUUAUUCCAAUAUUCCGACCGUAAUCUUUAGCCAUCCCCCCAUAGGCACCAUUGGAAUGUCAGAGGAAGAAGCCGUGAACAAGUACGGACGAGACAGUGUAAAAGUGUAUCGCAGUACGUUCACACCAAUGUACUACAGCAUGACAGAGCGAAAGUCCAAGUGCCUCAUCAAGUUGGUCUGUGAAGGAGCGAGGGAAAAAGUUGUUGGCCUGCACUUAUUCGGCGACGGCGUAGACGAAAUUCUGCAAGGCUUUGGGGUCGCGAUAAAGAUGGGCGCGACAAAAGCGGACUUCGACGAGUGCGUGGCCAUACACCCGACGUCUGCGGAAGAAAUUGUUACGCUGAGGUAGAAGACCAGCCAUUGCGGGGAUUCCUUACCAGAAGCAGACUGGACCAAAACUCAGUUAAAAAUUCAAAAAUAUUCGUAAAAAUAUAUAUUUUAUAAAAGCUAUAACAUUGUAGGUACGUCAACACGCAAUAAACUUGUAAAAUACAAUAAAACACGUUAAACACA